AUGACAGAUGCCCUCUAUGACCUUCUUCAACCUCGUCUACCACCAUCAUCUCAAGCGUCAUCUCCAUCCCCCGAGAUAUCCAAAUAUUUGUCCCGCCUCGUUUCCCUCCGGCUGAGCGACUUGACAACAACUGAGCAUCAAUCACUUAGUCAAGCAGCCCAGUCCAAUCUACUCUCAAUUCAAGCGUUAAGUUCUCGCUCUCACCGCACGACGACCAAGUCAUCAGACCAUCUCAGCACUCUCCGCUCUUCACUCCCUCUGAUAUCAACAUCCGUUGAUUCGAUCAAAAAUGCGAUCCCUGAAUUGGAUGCUAGCGCUGUGAGUUUCGCCUCAACAUACAGCAAGUCCAAAGAGGAAACCACUUCUGGGAGCAGUGGAAAUGCCCUCCUUACUGCUCGGCGAGAGUCUUCCCUUCUCGCCAGACAAGCAGACAAGGCUCAGGAUAUCCUAGAACUUCCUUCUUUGCUUUCUGCUGCAAUAGCCUCAGCCCACACUACUUCAGCGACGUCAACAAGCUCCACAUCUUCCAGUGGGAGCGGUGCGAACUACACUCAGGCGCUUGAUCUCUUCGCGCACAUUAAGCGCCUUCAGAUUCUCUAUCCCGACUCACAGCUGGUGAAGUCCGUGGUCGCCGACGCCGAAACCGCAAUGAAGGACAUGACGACGAAUCUCAUUGCCAGUCUUCGAGGGCAGAAUCUUCGCCUCGCUGCCGCUAUCCGCAUGAUCGGUUGGUUACGACGGGUGGCGCCGGAGCUGUCUACGAGCACGACCACGGGCUUACCAUCGGCCAGUGCUCAGAUCAACAAACCGGGUCUGUUCACGCCGACCUUGACCUCGCAGCUUGGAAUGGGUGCACCUCUAUCCUCACAUCAGGAAGAAGGCCACUUUGGCGCCCUCUUCCUAGUUUCACGACUGUGCACGUUCCUGAGCAUGGCCGAAGCCCUUUCUCCGCUUCGCGAUCUCGCAGAUCAAGAGACAUUGGCUCGGAAAGCUGCAAGGUCCCAAACCCACGCCCAGAAUCCAACAUCCUCGAGCACGACACGGCCUCCACCAAACCGAAAGCCAUCUUCUGGUGCGGGCUACAAUCCUUCCCUAGCGGGCCAACAGACGGAACGUUACCUGAAACGGUUCAUCGAAAUCUUUCGUGAGCAGUCAUUUGCGACAAUAAGCAUGUACCGAAACAUCUUCCCCGCGGAUGAGCAGCCACAGCCGCCGCAUGCGUUCCCUUCUUCUCCUUCCCGGCUACCGUCAUCACUAGAUCUAUCCCUCACGCUACCUCCGGCUCUGCAGACAUUUCCACUACACUUAGUCGACAUCUUCAUCUCGACGCUAAAACAAUACCUUCCAAACGUGACGGAUCCCACAGCGAGGGAGAGCCUGCUUAUGCAAGUGCUCUACGCCGCGAAUUCGCUGGGCCGGCUAGGCGCAGACUUCAGUUUGAUGAUCGCAGAGCUGGAUGAGGACGAAGAUGACGAGGAUGAAGAUGACCAAGACGAAGAUACACCCGGGGGCGGAGACGACGGGGUCGAGGAAGCAGAAGUUGGCGCUAAAGAAAGCGAGUUCGUCGCGAACGGCCAGGGGAACGGCGAGGCGGAGCCAAACCCAGCGGUGCCAGCGUCGUCAGACACCAAGGCAGAGACAAAGCCGAAGCCGAAGCCUGAGCCAGAAUGGAUUUCAAUCAUCAAGAAACACCGCGUCCAGGCCGCAAGGUUGGAGGCGCUGGCAGCGGGCCAAGAAAGGGCGGACAAUGUCCAGAGACAGGGGUCCGUAGAUGUUGCUGUUCGAUAG